AUUAAAUAAAGUCAUCUACCUGUAUCUAUUUUUAAAAUUAAAAUUGUUUGUUAUUUAAAUUAACUACUAUUAACUAUUACUACAUUAUAAUCUAAUUUAUCUAAAUAAAUAAUUUACCUUUUUAUUAAGAUGCUGAAAUUUAAAUCAUGGUUAUCAUGUUUUACUAAAUUUACAAUUUAAUAGAUGUGAAUAUAUUGAAAUAAAAUAUUUAAUAUUUGAGUAACCGAAAUCAUUAAAGAUGACUGAAGAUAUUCGUGAUAUUCUGGACAUAGAAAGAGGAUCUGGUCCUCAGAUCUCUAAAGAUGAAAUACUUGGUACAAACAAGAAAAAAGUAUCACUCCUGUCAGGUAAUCGCCAAAACCGAAGACCUGAAGGAAUGGCUCGUGAAGUAUUUGCCUUGUUGUAUAAUGAUAAAAAAGAUGUUCCACCUGUUAUCGAAACUGAAUCUGGUAUAUAUAUAAAUUUUUAAAUUUUCCUUUAUUUUUUUUAUGUUAUCUUAAUUGUACAUAGGUCCAACCUAUAAGCUCCAAAAAGCUAGAUUAGGUAUGCGGCGUGUUCGCCCAUGGGUAUGGGCUCCUUUUGUCAACCCAGCUCGGGAAGAUAGUGUUGCUUUUUACCAUUGGCGAAGAGUUGCUGAUGAGGGUAAAGAGUAUCCUUUUGCUAAAUUUAACAAGGUAUGUGAUACUGUUAAUAAUUAAAGUUUAUUUGAUGUGCCUAAUAUAUUUAAAUAAUAAAUUGAUUAAGUAUGCAAUUAUUUUACUAUUAUGUAUUCCUAUUAUUAACAUUAAUUAGAAAAUUGAAAUACCUGAGUACACGGAUAUUGAGUACAAAGAACACUUAGAGUCAGAAACAUGGAGUAGAGAAGAAACUGAUCGUCUUUUUGACAUGUGUCAACGUUUUGAUUCACGUUUUAUCGUCAUUCAGGGAAGAUGGAACUAUGGAGAGUAUGAGAAUGCUGUUAAACGAACUACUGAGGACUUAAAAGACAGAUAUUACUCAGUUUGUAAUACGUUGACAAAGGUUGUAAAAGUAAAAUCAACAUUAAUAUUCUUUUAUUAUUAUUGGACAAUUUGUUUUGUAUUUAUUUAGAUUAGAGGGGGGAAUAUCAAUGAAGCAAAAAUGUUUGAUGCAGAACACGAAACUCGUAGAAAACAACAAUUAGAAAGACUUUAUAGUAGAACUCCUAAACAAGUAUUUAUAUUUUUAUUUAAUAAAUGAUAUUCAGUUUUAUACUUGUUUUAUUUAAUCUUUAAGAUUGAAGAAGAACAAGGUUUAUUACAAGAAUUACGUAAGAUUGAAGCACGGAAACGUGAUAGAGAUCGUAAAACACAAGAUUUACAGAAAUUAAUAAGUGCAGUUGAUAAACAAAAUGAUAGUCGAAAAACUUUAAAGAUUGACAAAAAAACACCUCAUCAUCGUAAACGCAUUACCGUUCCCGUUCGACCAACAAGAGUUGAUCCAAAUGUAAACUAACUUUAAAUUAUUGAUUUAAUAUUAUAGUAUUAAAAUUAUGUGUAUAUUUAGAAUUUUGAAGCUACUACUAUUAAAUUCCCAGACAUAAAAAAUAGUGGUGUAUCAACUCGUUCACAACGAAUGAAAAUACCAGCAAAUGUUAGUCAAAAAAAAGUAAAAAAUGUCGAACAGGCUUUACAAUCAUUAAAAAUUAGUAUGUAACAUAAUAAUAUUAGAUUUGAAUUACUUGUUUUAUCAACUGUAAUAAUCUGUUAGCUAAUUAUUUUUUUUUUAGAAUUAAAUCCUAUUUCAACUGAAGAGACAUGUCAAAAUUACAAUGACUUGCGUAAUGAAAUUGUUUUGCUAAAUGAACUAAAGGCAGUAUGUACUUCAAGUGAUUUUGAACUACAAUCAUUAAAACAUCAGUAUGAAACAUUAAAUCCUAAUGGGGUAUGUAAUUUAUUAAAUUUCAAAAUUUCAAUUUUAGUAUUUAUUUAAAUUAUUAACAUAAUAUAAUGUAUGUUAGGUUUUUAAAAUUCCAUCAGAGCUUAUGGAAGAAUUAGCUAGUUUAAGUACUGAUGAAGAGGGAAAUGAAACUGAUAUCAUAAUCAAACAAGAAAUUAUUGAUGAUUUAGACACAGAAGAUGUUCAUCCUAUACCUGAAACAGUUUUAGAACUGUAAUUUUAUAUAUUUAUGAAGUACUUAAAUUUGUUUACCUACAUAAAAACUAUAAAUAUUACUGAUCUACUUUGAGUUUAUUUUGAAACAAGUAAUAUUAUUACUAUUAAUUAUUAUUUGUGUAAUUAAAUAAAUUGUCAUCUGUUUAUAGUAAGUUUUGGUAAAAUGUAUUAAAGAUCAUCAACAUAUAAUUU